GCACCCCUGAACGUCGCAUCGAGGUAUUUCCCUGCUGAGUCAACGGGACUCACGUUUCACUGCCCGUCGAACUUUUCCGGAAUCUCUUUCCAAAGUCUUUGUCCCUCCGAAACGCGUGAGAAAACGUGUCUCGAUGCGCAGCCAGCAUUUCGAUUCUGCUGCAUUGUACAGGGGCGUGAAACUUCAACUUCUUUUGGGAUGUUUUCGCUUUCUCCUUCUCCUCGUCUUCAUGACUGCACGCGUUCGUCAAUUUGUGUGCCUCAGAAACAACUCACUUUUCUAUUUUUCACGUAAUUUCCAAUAUUUCCGUUUCGCGACACUCGGGCAUUGCAGUUGCUAGGAGGGUGCGGCAUUGAAGUGUUGCUGCAUGUCUCCUGCGUUUACGGAACCUGCGUUCUCCUCUUUCGUUUUUCAAUUUUCUUGCUUUGUCAGAUUCUUCCCGCAAAAGAUCCGCCGCAUCCGCCCCUCUUCAGCUCCGUUCUCCCCAUUUAGCCUGUGCCGAGUCUGCUUUGCAUGCUUGCCUUUGUGUUUCCUAGUAUUCCUCGGGUAUCCUUUCCUUGCUGUCUGCGCUUUGUCUUUUCUGCGAGGUGCUUUCUUCGAGAGGCAAGUUCGCUGUGUACACGCACCUCAGUGGUUGCCUCUCUGUAUCCGGUAAUUCGUCAGAAGCUUCGCUGUUUCAGGGCUCCGGAGUCGCCGGUAGGGAGAAAACCGACCAUCACGAGAUUUUUUCCCAUCUUUUUCUGUCUGCUGCUUUCCCCCACCUCUGUUGCUGCGGUCGAGUUUCCCUGCGCAGAGCGAGUCCUGUCUCCCGCGCAUUUUUUCCUCUUGCCAUCUGUGGCCGCGUUUCCAGUUUCCUUUUCUUUCCUCUCUGGAUCGGGUUUCCGUCUUUGUUUGCCCCCCCCUUUUCACCGCUUUUUUCUUGCCUCUCGCGCGUUAUUGUGUCCUUUCAAUUACAUGCAGACGCGAGGACUGUGUAAAUGGAGUGGUGGUGACGGAGCUGCCGCGGCGAUGUCUGGUUUAGUUUUAUACCUUCUCAACGGCGAGAGGGCAACUGUGUUUCGCCCCUCUCGCCCUUGGAUUUUCCCCGUCUUUUCUCUUGUCUCGUGUUCGGUUUUCUUCGUUUCCUUGUCUCCACUUCGAUUCCCUUUCCACUUCGUCGCCGUAUUCUCUGCUCUUUCCUCGAGCGACAACUAGGUAACGGCUCCAGCUGUACACAGUCUUGCGUCCUCGAGUCAUCUGGAUGCCUGCGCACAAGACUACGAAGCAGCCUGCGGCCGACAGGAGGCUGUAGCAUUGAAGACUGUCUUCUAUACUCCAGAGAAUUUUCCCUCGUCUCUCUCUCGCUGCAGCAGAGACGUUUUCCGUGGCAGUCUGGAGCCGCCGACGUCUGAGACGACUGCUCCUCUCGUUCCCCGUGUUCGUUCCUCACUUUUUUCAACUCUUCCUGUAGGAAAACGCCGAACCCCGCACUUCUGCUUCUCGUUCCGCCUUCAACAGGCGCCUUUGUCUCCAAGGAGUUUACGAACUCUCACUGUUUCGGAUUUUCACCUGUAGGAAAGCCAUGCAACCUCCUUUCACUCUUGUCAAAGACGCGACUCUUUGCUCUCCGGUGCUCGUCCCUGGGAUCUGCGUUCAACUGCUCGAUAGCCUCGGCCUCCUUUGUCGAGCGGUUUCCUCUUUCCAGCUGCACAGAAAGAGACACACUGGGGGGGCGAGACGGGGAGACACGCCUCCGACCUCCCCCCCGCGUCCACUUUUCGAAAACAUGAAAUGCGCCAGCUCUCCACACAGAGAGUCCAGUCGGUAAACACUUUCUCGCUUCUGUCAUUAGUCUUUCUUCGACGCGGCCUCAAAGCCCCAAACGACUGAUCUCUGAUUGCCGUUCCCUUUCUUCGCGUUUCUUUCUUUUCUGGGCCUUUCUCUGCCGCCAUCUCCGCUCGUUGAGGUGUCUCUUCUGCGUCGUUCUUUUUCUCUUCUCCCCUCCACAUUGUUUUGCUUCCCCUCGUGUUCCGAGCGACUUUCCUUGCUUUGCUCUUCUCAAUCGAAUCUGGGGUUCCCCGCUGCGGCUCUCGCUGUGAUCUCGGUCUCACGGUCGUCGUGCCUCUUUUCGUUUUCUCCCCCCGCUUUUACCACGAAUUUCAUUUCUUGCUCUCUCCUCAGCCCCGUUUACCGAUCACCUCCUCAAAUCGCUCGCGCUGCCGUUCUGCAUCACCUUCUAGAUCUCUGUCUCAAGAUCGAUGUGCACCUCUCUAUCUCUCGUUUUCUCCACUUCUUUGUCUCCGUCUUACGUCGUUUCUUGCCCUGGGUCGGUCGUAACUCCGUUUGGAGUUCGCAUUCUUCGGCUUGCGGUUUUUCUCCGUUCGUCUCGUCCUCGUUUCUGAAGAUGGCGGCGAAGGCGAUCCAGUACAAUAUCAAGGUGGACUUGCACGAGGUGAAGGAUCUCUCAUUUCGAGAGGCUGCUGGAGAAAAGGAAAUCGUGCCUAAUCCGUACAUCGAGGUGACUGUGAACGGAGUGACAAAGACAACGAUUCAAAAGACGCAGGUGGUAUCGGCUACUUUCAACACGUCCUUCAACUUCACCGCUUACUUGACGCCGGACGAGUUCGCGAGAAGUUACGUGGAAGUUGCAGUCUUGCAUAAAUACAUGCUCAUCGGCGGGGUAGGCUUGCAGAGCGCCGUGAUCGGAAAAUACGUCUUCAGUUUCGCCUACGUCUACACCAAAAGCCAACACUGGAUCUACCGGCAAUGGGUGACGCUUCGCAAUCUCGACCAGCCUCAGGAUGAGACUGGUCUCCUCCUCAUCACAGUUGGAGUCUUCGGUCCCGGCGACGCCAUGCCUGUCGUGGACGAGACCGUCUGCGUUGUAAACGAAGGCGAACGAACCAGCACCGAUGUAAAUGUUAAGCUCACACACUACAGUCUUUCUGUCAACAUCUUCAAAGGCCAAGACAUCCCUAGCGUCGCAGGACAAUUCUCUACCGUCCUCGAGCCCUACGUCAAGGUGAAACAUGGCGGCGCAGAGUUGCAGACGCGUCCGCUUCCGGACUCGAAUCCAGACUGGUUGGCCUCCAUUUCCAUCCCUGCAUGCGUUCCCUGUUUCGAUGGCAACGUCCUCGUCGAACUCUGGAAUGGGCAAGACUCGUCAACAGCUGCAGGAACGCUGAUGGGGACGGUUGUCUUGGAUUACUUCCAACUCAUCAAGAACGACUUGCCUCCGCGGUGGUUCAACUUCUACUGGAGGCCGCCCGCCGAAGGCCUCUUGGGAGCAGUGACGGAUAUGAUGGCCAGCGCAGAACUGAGGGAACCGAUUGCGUACGGCGGAAGAAUUCUGUUGAGUGCUUCUACGGCCAAAGUCCAAACGCCCCUGCCUCUCGGUGUUCGGUCGGCUCGACCUAUCCCCGAUCCUGCAACUCAGGAGUGCGUAUGGUGGCUGGACCUGUACGAAAUGACUAGCGCCACAGGCUACACAUCUGAGUUGAGAAUCGAAAUUGCUUUCGGGCCUCAUGUCAUCAAGACGGCAUCUCUAGAGGCAAAUGCACUGGGGACUUACGUGAUCGGAGACAACCUCGGACGUCUCCCCGAGAUGAAAAUCUUCGCUCCUGUCGACGAAGUCCAGGUGUGGGAUGUGAUGAUGUACGUCUGCUCUCCACCCGCGACGACCGUGGCUGCGGGCAUUGCAGAUAUCUCGAACUGGUUCUCUGGAUGGGGGGGAAGUCCGACGGCGACGCAGAAUACGCCAGAGCCUGCCGAGACCCCCUGGACGCGUCUGGCCUGGGUGCGCAUUCCUUACGACUCGAGGCAAUUUCAGAACGGGAAGCCGCAGUGGUACAGCCUCCGCUCUCUUGACGGAUCCGGCACCGACAUGUUCUCCGUCCUCCUGGGCAUGGAGAUGUUUCCGACGAAGGCAGGGAAGCAGCGCGCCCCCAGACUGGAGUACAAACUCGCCAGGUUUUACUUUCGAGCUCUCAUCUACGAAGGCCUUCAUCUCCCAGCUGUCGGCUACGACGUGUUUCCGGAUCCCUACAUCCAAGUGGAACUGGCGAGCAAGACUCUGAGGACGUCCACAAUUCGACAAACACUGAACCCAUCCUACUAUGAAGCUUACGAGAUCGAAAUUCGCCUCCCAGAAAACAUCAGCCUUGCCCCAGAUAUCAAUGUGGAGGUCAUCUCGGAAUCGAACUCCCUCCUAUCGUCGGACGUCGUCCUCGGCUCUGUUCAGUAUCCAAUUCAGAAGGUCCCGAAAGAGUGGACCAAGGCGCCUGUGUGGCUGCAGCUUCACUCGAAGGCGUAUCCUCGAUGCAAAGCGCGCGUGUUGGUGGCGUUUGAAUUGGUGCCUGCGGAAAAAGCCGAAGACGACACGUACCCUUUCUAUGACGACAUUCGGCCUUCGACGAAGGAAGGCAACAUUCGACUUUUCCUUGUCGGCGUCCGCCUGUUCAAACCCAUCACGCAGCCAUUUGUCACGGUCUGUUUCGGCCGCGAUGUGGAGAACACCGCAGAGCCUCUGUGGUCGCAGGAGUCGUCGGCGCCCAGGACUGGAGAGGGGGGAAACUGGAAUUUUUUGGAGGAGUUUACAGUGUCUGUGUCUCUCCCCAAACGCAUGCAACACCACUCGUUUCUCGAAGUAAAAAUUCAAGACCGGACACAGGGCAUUGGCGGAGAAUCGAAUGUCGACGUGGGCAUGGCAUACAUCACACUAAACCCUCUUUUACCGUGGCUAGACAGCCGCGAACGCGCCGAGUCCCUGGAAACAUUUCGUCUUCAGAUGCUGGAAGAAGUCCUCAUUGAGGAUGCGGAGAACGCUCGUCGCUCGGCCGACGGAGGGCUGGCCGCACGCACUGGUGGAGGAUCCUUCGACGAAGACGCCACGAAAAAGAAAGAAAUGCUUGCUGCGGAGCGCAGCCGGAAGAUGGCGAUUCCGUACAACGACCCGGACAUGGCCAACUUGAAGAUCGAAGAGGUCGACGACUACGUGUCUUUCAAAGUUGCUCCCCGGCCGCAGGCGUCUCGACUCUCGCGAGAAGGAACGAGCAGAGACGAACGCGGAAAGGCUCCUGGAAAGUCGCUGUCAGGGAUGCCUGGACCUGUGGCGCGCGCGUCGCCGGGCGCAGGCGAGGAGACAGAGAAGAAGGGAGACCCUGUCGCAGAGAAAAAGGAGGGCAGCGCGCAAGCGGCGCCGCCUGCGGCGCCAAGUGCGCACCAACGAGAGGCGCUCGCAGCUAGCCCUGAAGAGGAAACCUACGGCUUCACGCCUGAGCAACUCAACUUUGUUCUCGCAGAUUUGGAGGAGGACGACGCGGAGGAGAUGACUCGCGACGAAGUGCCGUACGAACUCGAGGCUGACUUCACCGUUGAUGAUCUCCCUUACCUCCGCACUCCGAUUUUUCGACCGACUGAUGCAGGCGUCCCCGAAACGGUGGGAUACUUAAAGUACGUUUGCCGAGUGUUUCAGUCGACAGACGAAGACGAAGGUGCCGAGAUGGAUGCUGUCUGCAAAAGCCUAAUCGAAACCUACAACUCGACAAGAGACUUGGUUGUUCGGGCCUAUGUGCUGGCAGCACGCGGUCUCGUUCCACCUUCGGGUGCCUCAGAUAUCCAAACUUACGUGUGGAUUCAAGACAGCGAAAAUGCAGCGACCUUGCCAGGGGGGCUUUCCUACAACAUUCGCGACACCGGCUACACGAAGAAACAAGGAUUCAAACCGGAAUUCAAUCGAUGCUACACCCUCGCCUGCUCUCUGCCGGAAAAUUCCAUUGUCCAAAUUGCCGUCAUGAACAUGGGGCGUCUUACCGAUGAAUGCAUAGGCCGAACAUACUUGGACGUCGAAGAUCGGUUCUUCAAUAAAAAGGUGGAACAGAUGGUCAUUGAAGAAUCGACUCCAAUUGAGCUCAGGACUCUGAAAAACGAGGGAAGCACGGUUUCUCACGGUUCGCUUCGGGGCUUCUUCGAAAUCAUGCGUGCUGACUACGCCCAGCUCCACCCGCCAUACACACUGGCAAGCGCAGAACCUGAUGAGUAUCAACUGAGGGUUGUCAUCUGGCGUGUGAAGGCAGUGCCGCUCGACGACAAUUCUUCGAUUUCCCUAUUUGUCCGGACCAUCUAUCAACUGGAGGACUCCUCGGAGAUUGUCAAGGACACGGACACACACUAUAACAGCACAGACGGAACUGCGGUGUACAACUGGCGAAUGGUUUUCGAUGUUCUGAUUCCCGCCCAAAUCCCCGUGCUGAAACUUCAGAUUUGGAACUAUGCCCUUCUGUCGUCGACGGAGCCGAUUGGCGAGGCGAACUUUGAUCUGACGGCCGAUUUCUUUAGGGCUCGAAAACGCCAGCAACAUUACCGAGUUCCCAGAAUGUGGGUUCGGUGUUCCCACCCAGCGCACAAAGGCAAAUUGCGGGGAACAAUUGAGAUUGAGGCCUCCAUCCUUCCCCGAGAAGAGGCGGAGUACACACCUGUCGGAAAUGGGAGAGACGAGCCGAACCGCGACCCAUUUUUGCCCGCGGUGACGACAAAUCGAACGUACAUUGACUGGCAGCAAAUCGGCGAAACUGUCGGAGCUGCGAGCAGCGCCAUUAUGAGUGGGCUGAAAUGGACGGGUGUGUGGAUGACAGUGGCAGGGAUCAUCGCGCUAGUCAUCUUUGUUAUGUUUCUCCUCAAAUAAGGGGAAACGAACAGCAGGCUUGUCAGGCGAAGGCAAGAACAAACACAUUCGAAGGUAGCACUCACCAGCACUGACACCUGAGUAAUGGAUACGGCUCAGCCUGGGGAACACUUUCCUUAGGUUUGCUUACGUCCCACUGCCACUGGCGUUUUGUGGCAAGCAGGUGAAAAGGAACCGUGAAAACGCGAUAACCGGAGAAAAAACGCUCUCGCGGUGUGUUACUUCGCAGGGUAACACAACAUUAGGUGACAGGUUGGAGGAACACGGAGAGGCAUAAAAUCAAGAAUUUGAAACAUAAAGAAUCCUGUCGGGGAUUGACAAUGCCACUUUUUCGGGGACUCACCAUGUCACUUCUCAAUAGAACGCGCGGAUCGCGAAUAUAUGUCUGAAGAACGGUGCCGCGGUUCAAGGCAAUUCCGCGCUCAUACCAUUUUCCAGAGAAGGGGAAACUGAUCCAGAGAACGCGAGAGUGUUUAAGGAACUCUGACAUUUGGUCCGGUUAAGCGUUGUCUUACGAAUCUCAGAUAAAAAGAAGGGAUCCGUCGCCAAUGCAUAGUUGGAGUGCAAAUGCCGUUUAUAACAGAGCAUUUUACUGAGGAAUGGACGGGACGGUUGACACAGGCGCUUCCUCAGGGGUAGACGGUCGGGUUGAAAGGGUUUUUUCAGAUUCCAAACGUCCUCUUUCGGUUCUUUUGGGGCUGCCUCACCGAGUAUGUCAGAUUGGAAGAAAAACAGUUAAAUCCUCAGUUUGUAGAACGCAUGUGGUUUCCCGAGAAGAGUUUUUCUUGCACACUCUCUACUCGCACGUUCAGUCCAUGUGAUACGAGCUUUUGUCGUCUCCACGCUAUUCGCCGGUGUCUACUGCGCUCGAGUCCCGUGUGGAGGAUACUCACCCUUCGCAGUGUCUUGUUUGUCAAAAUCUCACCCACUGUCGCGAAAAAACGGAACCAUCGCAUUUUUCCCCUGAGUAGUUUUUUCUGUGCUCACAGUUUCUUUGGGACGGUUCCCGCCUUUGUUCGUAAAGCACCUUCCUGCAUACCUCUCAUCUGCGUCUGCGAUCUCUUUUUCUCUGCUGUUCUCAUCGGAUUUAUGUCAUGUGGGUUUUGUGUCAACCAGAGUUUCUCUGGAGGGAAAAACGGCGCAUUUUUGUUUGCUCCGUAAAACAUUGCAUAGUCUGGAGUUGACUCGAAC